AUGGCCUCCACUUAUGUGGUCGAGGAACAGUCGCGCGAUGCCAACACAAUUACUCUCCAGACUUUGCCUCCGAGUGAGCAAUCAAGAACAGAUUCGUCAGAAACAUCCCACGAUGGAUUUGCGGCGCUGGAGAAGUGGAAUCAACCUCGGAUAAAUGCAUAUCGCUCAUUUGCUACGUUCUGGAGCUUCCUGGUGAUGGGCGCGAAUGAUGCGGCAUACGGUGCUCUGAUCCCAUAUCUUGAAUCAUAUUACCACCUCUCCUACACAAUUGUAUCCCUCGUAUUUCUGUCUCCGCUGGUCGGAUAUGUUCUUGCAGCGUUCCUCAAUAAUCGAAUCCACACGUCGCUUGGACAGCGCGGCCCUGCCUUGAUCGGACCAGGAUGUCACCUACUCGCCUACAUUGUCAACUGUGUCCAUCCUCCAUACCCAGUCCUCGUGAUCUCCUUCAUCUUCGCCGGGUUCGGCAACGGCUUGGAAGACGCAGCGUGGAACGCCUGGAUCGGAAACAUGGCUCAUUCGAAUGAGCUACUGGGUUUGCUCCACGGUUUAUAUGGAGUAGGAGCUGUACUGAGCCCGUUAAUUGCCACGUCGAUGAUCGUGCACGCUAAUAUGCCCUGGUAUUACUUUUACUACGUUAUGGUCGGUUGCGCAUCCAUCGAGCUGAUCGUUUGCGGUACCUGCUUCUGGAAAGCAACAGGUGCAGUCUUCCGACAAGCGAGGGCUGAUACCGGGGGUGAUAGCAAAAAAGGUGGACUGAAGACAGCGCUCUUCACGCGCCCCUCUGCACGAGUCACCUGGUUGUGCGCGUUGUUCUUGCUCGGAUAUGUGGGUGUGGAAGUUGCGCUGGGUGGAUGGAUUGUCACUUUCAUGAUUCGUGUGCGAAAUGGCGGUGCUUUCGCCAGUGGAAUGACGGCGACUGGAUUCUGGUUAGGUAUCACAGUCGGGCGGGUUCUGUUGGGAUUUGUGACCCCGCGAGUGGGAGAGAAGUUGGCGAUUGCAGUGCGUUUUCCCCUUGCUUUCCUUGUCCCUCUCAAGCAUCGACAUCCAUUUGGAACAGUCCAAGCUAACGAUAUGCGAUCGCAGGCAUAUAUCCUUCUAUCCAUCGCUUUCGGGCUCAUCCUGUGGCUCGUGCCACAAUUCUAUGCAUCGGCCGUGGCAGUUUCACUUCAGGGCUUCUUCCUAGGACCCCUAUUCCCUGGUGUCGUGGUGAUGAUCGCCAAACUGUUACCCCGACACUUGCAUGUCAGUUCGAUAGGAUUUGCAGCGGCAUUCGGAGGAUCCGGGGCUGCCAUUCUGCCCUUUGCAGUAGGUGCGCUGGCGCAGGCAAAGGGCGUGCAAGUGUUACAGCCAUUCAUCAUAGCUCUAUCCGGAGCUAUUUUCAUCAUGUGGUUGGGACUACCGCGGGUAUCGAAAGAGCAGCGGAAUGAGUAA